AUGAAGGUGUUUCGCGCUGAAACGGGAAAGCAUGUUGGAAUUCUCAAAACCAUAGAUAGGUAUGACGACUGCCGGGAUUAUUUCGUGUUAUUGGUUGUAUCAGAGAUGGGAAUUUGCAGAAAUGUUUUUAAAGAAACGAGAAUUUCCCUGGAUAGUCUUAAGUCAGAACUUGAAAGGGUGACUGGAAUUCCAGAAUCCUCCCAAAUUUUGAUGACUAAAAUAGGAUUAGAACUCAAAGCAGAAAUGAUGAACGAAGUAGUUCGGGCCUCAGGCAAGGACGAAUAUAUAAUCUUUUUAUUCAAUAGGGACUCCCUUGAUCCAAACAAUUCGAACAGUAUCAAUAGCAUAAAUUCUCUUACUGAGGAUAUCACAUUGGAACCUCCUGUAAAUGUAUCAUUACCCAAACAAAAUUCAAGAGGAACUCAUUAUAAUAUUUCCGAUGAGCUUGGCAACUAUGUCAAUCUGUUUCAAAUGCAUCAUACGCAAGGACAGUCAUUCGUGAAGACGACCCUUAUACACUCUGAAAUUUGUGAACGUCUAUAUCAAGAACAAAGGGUGCAGCUAAUGGCAUUGGAGGUUGCUUUGUUAAACCUUAAUAAACAUUGUUGCUCUGUUGUUGAACAUUAUGAUUCAUUUCACAACUAUGCGGAGAAGGAGAUUUCGAGAUAUGAAAAUAUAAUUAAAAGUUUUCCUGCGAAUAUGGAAACUCUUAGACGCAUCAAGAUACACCCAGAAAUACAACUUUCCGCAAGUAGUGUCAUAAACAAUAAGGAGCCUCAUUCAUUGGCCGACUUCGUAUCACAAGAUAAACUGGUAGCAUUGGCUAACAAAGGAGUCGAGGCAUUCGGACAACUCUCCAAAGAAGUUACCGAAUUGAAUAAUGAAAUUCGGUCGAUUCAACAAGGUACUGAUGUAUUAAGGAAGAAGACCUAUGAUAGCGACUUUCCAAAAAUGGAAAAGGCAUUGAAUCAUAAUAAAGCAUAUUGUGAUGUAAUUAAGAAAACUGCCGAGAAAUUGGAGAAAGGUGUGACACGUGUACAGGAACAAGUUGCUAAAUUGUUGAAGUCCAAAGUAGAUGUGGAAAAGAAUAUCGAGGCGAUUGGAAAUCUAGCAAACUACCAGUUGAAAGAGUACUUUCCUGAGAUAAAAAAAUUAGAUGAUUAUAUACGUGAACAAGUGAUUUUUUUCAUGAAAUGCAAGAAAGCUACGACUUCGACGUUAAUAUCAAAUCUUCAACAAAUAUCUUGUCUUGAAUCAAAUAUUGCCUCCAUUCCUAGUAAACUAAGUCGUCUCGAAUCAGAAGUUCGAACUAAAACACAGGAUUAUAAGCUUUUAGCUCACGUUCAUCAAAUGCCAUCCGCUUAUGCCAUGACUCUAAUUGAAAUUGUGAGAAGGAAAGAAUACACUAAACUUUUACUCGCAAAGUCACAGCAAUUAGCAGAAAUCAUGGCUCAAUUUCGAGAUAUGGAGCAAAAACGACGCGACAGAUAUCGUUUGGACACUAAAAAAUAUGUUCCAAUAAAAAUUCCAGCCUUAGACGAUAGUCCUCCUAUGUGUGAGAUAAGCGCUGUGAAUAUGAAUGAUGACCGUCUACCUUCCUUUUCUAAAGAGGACAUACAACUGUUUUUAAACUUGAUCGAUCAAAUACGCCCAGCCGUCAUGUCACAAGCUUCCCUCAUAAGAUCGUCCUUUUCGUCGUUAACGCCAAAAGUUCGAAUACAGCAAUCAUACUUCGACCCCCUGUCAACCUUGCAGUCUAAUUUGGUAAAAUUGUUUGGCCAAGUUGAAGGAAUGAACAUCGAGUUUGAAAAUAUUAUAGAAAAGAGUUCACUUUUUGAAAAGCCCAACAUAGAUAAUGCUAGCAUAAUGUCUCGUAUGCGUUUCACCGAAGGCCGUUUGCUGUCCUCAAAGGGUAUACCUUCAAUACCUCAAAAUUCUAGAGGAUCGAGGCGCUCUAGGCAAAGUUUUUCUGAAGAUAGCGCUGUAACAAUUGGUACGGAUCUGCUUGUUGAAAAAAUAAAACAAUUAGAUGCAGCCGAGGAAAAGAUUAAGGCAUAUGAAGCUCGAAUUAAAAAUCUUGAAAAUCUGUUGCAAACUAAUUUUAAAGCUUCGAAGAAUUCAGUUGUGGCCGCUGCAGCUUCAGGAUCAGAAACUUCAAAUUUAAAGCCUUCGAAAACGAUAGAUCAUCAGGAAUUAUUCGAAUCAAAUUCACGAUAUUAUUCUCCUGAGUCAUUGCAUUCCGUCGAACUCACUGAAAAGAGAAAAUUAGGAAAGGAACAGUCAGAUUUGAAAGUGGAAUUUCGAAGCCUAACAAAUGAACAUGAUAAAACUUUUCACGAAAUGGAGGCUUUGAAAAAGCGUAACAGUGAACUGGAAUCUCAAUAUAGAGAAAUGACGAGGACACACGAAAAAGUUCUAAGAGAAAAUGGUGUUCUGGAGCAAAAAGUUCUUGAUCUAGAAAAAAGCUAUUAUGAUUUGCAGUCAUCCUAUUCAGAAGUCGUUGACAAGAACGUGUCUUUAGAAUCAAGGUUAAAGGAAUUGGAGGCUUCAAAAUCACGUUCCACAAAUGAGUCUUCUGAAAUUACUGAAAGAUACAAGAGGCUUCAGACCGAGUAUGAUUUAUCGUCUGCACGACGUAGAGAAUUGGAAGCAAUGAUCACGGAACUUGAGAAACUUAAUAAAGAGCUUGAGCUUCGUAAUAUUUCGGCAAACACUCUUGAAAGUGAACAAAUAGAGGUACUUAAAGAUUUAAAACAAAAAUUGCGAGAUGCCGAAUCAGAAUGUGAGAAAAAAGAUUUGGAAUUGAAUUCAUUACGAAAAGAGUACUACAGUGAAAAAGAAUGUUUUUUGAUCGAAAAGAAUAAGUUAGUUGAAACCUAUGAAAUGCAGAUCGAGCAAAUUAGGAAAGAGAAAGACGAGACUAUUAGGGAAUGUGAAAGCAAUGAGAAAAAUAUGCUUUCUGAAAUUGAAGGCUGGAAGGAAACACUAGAGAAAAUGAACACGGCACGCGAAGAAAUACAAGUUGAGCUUGGCAAGUCACGCGAGAAGAUCAGAAAUGUGGAGUUGGAUAAUUCAGAAACAAAAAAGACUCUGGAAAAGGUGGAAAAUUUGGUCGGAACUAUAACUGAAAUUGCCUUAGAAUGCAAGUCAAUAGUAAUAGCGUACGAUAAUUCCUUGAAUUCCAAAAAGGAUGAGAGUUCAGAUUCAAAUCCCAUAAGUAUGAUUCGAAAGAUUUGCGAUAUUUCAAAAUACUUGAAUACGGAAUUGGUUAAGACAAGAGAGUCAUUGGAGAAUUCUAUGCUUGAGAAUUCGAAUUUGAAUGUAAUCAUUACAGAGUUGCGCCAAAGUUUACAAGAACGAACCGAAUUUUCCCGUUCUCUUAGUAAGGGGCUAUGGAAUUAUUACAACAACAUUCGAACAUUAAUGAGGGAUCUGGGAUUUAGCUUACCAGUGAAAUCGGAAAAUCGAUCAAUCAUUAAGCCUACAACGGCUGAUGAAGAGAAAGAUGGUCAAAUAAAAUCACCAGAACCGAACUUGUCAGAUAGUUAUCAUGCCGAAGACUUGGGGAAGUUCUUUGCCAACGAUUAUGUGGAUGAUCAGAGCUGGCCAAAAGAUCGAUAUGAAACUUUAAUCACUCUAACAUCGAAGGUGAACCUUGAUGAAGUUCAUUCCACGAUAAGGAAGAUGCCUGCUGAUGCUGAAGCCUUGGCUAAAAAACAUCAAAAAGAAGCCAAAUUAUAUAAAGAGAAAUAUAAGAAAGUUAACAUGGAAUCAAAAGAUAAAAUUUCUUUCAAAAAUUUUAAAAUGGGAGACCUUGCUCUCUUUUUACCUACACGCAAUACAAAUGCCAAAAAUUGUUGGUCUGCAUUUAACAUCAACUACCCGAAUCACUACUUACAAAUUACGGAUAAGAUUUCCGGUCAAUUAUUGAAUAGAACGUACCUGGUUGCUCGAAUUGUGGAUAUCACAGAAUUCUUGGCGGGAAGCGAUGGAUCUAAUCCAUUCGAUUUGCCAACCGGUGUCAAGUAUUAUUUGUUAGAUGUAGAAGGCUGGCAGAAUACAAUUAAUAACUAUCACAGUCGUCGUUCUUCGACAAAAUCAGAAAGUGGUAACAAUAACCGUUUCUUAAUAGAUACCGGGCCUGGUAAUAAGGGGAGCGGUAAUCCGUUAAUUGGUUCUCCAUAA